UUUAUUUUGAAGCAUCAGAACUUCUAUAUCUGUGCCCUGGUUUUUGUUCGUCGAGUGAAUAGUUUCGUGAUAUGAUUUACUGUGUAUCCCAAGAUCUGGAAAUCAAAUUUCUGCUUCUUAUCUUCCUAGAAGUUGUCCAGUCCAACAGCUGUUGGGCAGCUAAAGGAAAGCCGAGAAACCAACCUUCAAGAGAGUUCACACAUUGACCUAAAUAUCUGCCAACCAUUAUCAAGGCCCAUUUGUGAUAAGAGCGUCCCUUAUAAUUGAGUCUCUCUGUGUGCAUCGCAGGCUGUGAGAGACUUCGCUUUGCUUCUGGGCCAGCAUGCCGCGUGGUGCCGGUGGUAAACGAAGGCGUCUGCAUGGUCAGCUUCAUCAACAUGGGUGGAAUCUUCAGCUUGAAGUGCCCAAACUUGAAGGAAGAAUGUAUUCAAGUCUGACGGAAGUGACUGACUCUAGAGCGCAAGAUGUUGUGUUCAACUCAGUGCCAGUGUCACCGACACGAAUAGAAAAUGAAGAUGUGUUCGACAACGAAUUUCGGAUGAGAAUUGAGGCCCGCCUGGAUUUAGGUCGGAAUGGAUCGAGAGGGGAUGAAACUGCUAUCAAUUCUCCGCGCAACCUCACCCGAACAAACAGUCGAGAAGAUUUUUCGCCUUGGUUAACGGCAGCUUCGAGGCAACCUCAUCCUUUCUUCGCUGGAAGAUCAAGCGAAGUUAAUCAGCCGAGUGUCUUCUGGCUUGAUCUGAACGAAGCCCAAGGGAGCAUGGAUGCUACUGUUUUGACUGAAAACGUCACGAACACUGAGCAUUUGCCGCAAAUUGUUACAGAUAGUCAAGUUCAUCGACCAAUCAAAACUGAAGUGCUCCACCAAAGAAGAAUGGAUGGUGAGGCUGAGCAAGUUAUAACUGAAGCGGUUCCACAUUCCCCUGAAACAAUUGAUUUGGGCAAAUGGUAAAAAAUGGAUCCAUUUUUUACCAUUUGCCCAAAUCAAAAGAUAGACUUGUUUUAUUGAAUUAAUUGAUAUACUGAUACCGUGUAUAAAAUAUUAUAGGUUGUUUGAUUAUUUGAAUUCAUUUAAAAUUGUU